AAGCGGAAGCGGCAGGGCGGAGCCAGCCGCAGCAGAACUUCCGCUGGGCUCGGCUCCGCCCCCUCGGGGGCUCCCCGAACGACUGUGGGCUCCACCCCUAUUCUUUGACGGCCCCCACGCGCGAGGGCGCGCCCUGCGCCCUCCGCCCCCCGCCCCGCAGCGCACCCCAUCCCAAGCUCUUGGUGUACCCGACGUCUGCCCGCCUCUGCUCCCGCAGCGAGCCCCACCUCUCCGCCUCCGUCACUCCUUGCGUACCUCACCGCGUGCCCCACCCCAAACCCCCAGAGUACGCACCCCUCCCCGCCUCCCUAACCCCAGCGUACCCCACCCUUCCCCGCCCCCUACACCAAGCGUACCCGGCCCCUCCCCCACCUCUCUACCCCCCCCCCCCCCCCCCACGUACCCUGCUCCUCCACCAGUGACUGCUGCCUCCCUAAUGGUCCCCCGCUCCCGACCUUCUAAGCUGUGCCCUUCUGACCCCUGCCCUGAUCCCCCCCACACACCUCAGCCCACUCCGUGGUCCCCGCAGAGCCCCUGAAGGGUAGAGGGCCAGCCUUGGGGUGUGGUCCGGGCGGAGUCAAGGUGAGGUCACAGCGGGUGGGAGGAAGGAGGCAGGGAGAGCUGUGGGGCCCUUCGUUCUGCGGUCGUUCCUGGUCUUCUCUGUAGGUCCCCAGAGGUCGGCUGUCGGCUGGGGGCACAUACCCCCCCCCCCCCCACUGGGCUGGAGCCAAGGUGGGAAACCUGGGUGCCGGGAGAGGGGACAGGCAGGGCACUGUAGCUGCUCCAGCCAGUAGCAUGUGGGGGUGGGGGGGGGAAUGGCAGGAGGAGCUGAGGGACCCAGGUCACCCACUAGCCUGAGGCCUACCCAGCACUGUCUGGCUGGUGGUGGUGGGAAGGUGAGCCCAGCAGAGCCUGAUGCUUCCUCCAUCUGCUUGGGGGCCCAGGGAGCCCGGGAGGUGCAGACAAGCAGGCCGAGGGGCUGGACAUGGACAGCCGGAAGCAUUUGGCUAAUGCCUCGCUGGGGAAGAAGUCGGGGCUGCCGCUGCCCCAAGAGCUCGGGCAGCCCCCUCCCCCUGUGAGUGCGACCACGGCUUGGGGCCAGCCCGGCGCCCAGAGCGGAGGGCAACAGGUACUGCAGACUCAGGACUGGGUGUGCCAGCCGGCCGAGAGCGGGCGCCAGAGCCACCGCUGGAGCGUCAGCAUCGACGAGCGCCGGCGACUGGCCGUGCAGGGCGGCCGGGAGAGGCCGGGGACCGCCGGGCCCCCCUCCCACUCCAGGGACCUCUCGCGGCUCGUGGCCCAGCUGGUGUCCGAGGACGUGGACAAGGACGUGCUCCUCCCCCACGCUCCGAGGCCCUCGGAGGCCGCCAACGCCUUCCAAGCCUUCCUGGCCCCGAGCGCGCCCUUCUGGCAGACCGUGACUUUGGAGGCGCAGAUGGUCUCCAGCCUUUGCCCCAUCGGUAAUCUGACGUCGUGCCCCGUGCUGCUUCAGACUUAUUCCAGAAUGCUGUGA